GGAAUCGAAGAAGGGUUGACGCAAAUGUGUAAAUGCAGUAACGAUUCUAGAAAUCUCGCCGUAUGGAACUUUCCAUUGGAGAUUACGUUCAAGAGUACAAAUCCACAUGGAUGGCCACAACUUAUCAUGUCGAUUUACGGCUUGGAUUUUUUCGGUCGCGACGUCAUCAGGGGAUACGGAGUGUGUCAUUUGCCUCUGAAAACUGGAUAUCAUGAAAAAAGGUAUUAA